ACCUCGCGAGAUCAAGCUACUGCUAGCGACGCGAGAUUCCUUCUUUCAUUUUUUUCCUUUUUCCUCUCGGCGCAUGCGCGGUGGGCACGGCGAGUCCCUGAGAGGUGCCGGUACUCAGUUACCGUUGAGUACCGGCAGAAUUACUGACAGAUUACUAUAAAGUGGCUGAUGAGGCGCCUGGAGACACUAUGUGAGAGCAUGGGAAGCCCUUGGUGGUGAAUCUCAGUCUCCCAUGGAACAAUGGAGUGACAGCCCCCCUGGCUCUGUUUAUAAAAGUGAGAAAAGCCCAUAUUGUCUGUGUUGAGGCUGUUUUUACAUAGGGGCCACCAUGUCUGGAGGUUCCACGCCGCCCCCCACUGUAGAGAUGUCCUGUGGACCUGUGGCAGAGAGCUGGUGUUAUACCCAGGUGAAAGUAGUGAAAUUUUCCUAUAUGUGGACCAUAAAUAACUUCAGUUUUUGCCGAGAAGAAAUGGGUGAAGUUUUAAAAAGUUCUACUUUUUCAUCAGGGCCAAAUGAUAAAAUGAAAUGGUGCUUGCGAGUUAACCCAAAAGGACUUGAUGAUGAGAGCAAGGAUUAUCUGUCCUUGUAUUUGCUGUUGGUCAGCUGUCCGAAAAGUGAAGUUCGAGCGAAGUUUAAAUUUUCUCUGUUGAAUGCCAAAAGGGAAGAAACAAAAGCCAUGGAAAGUCAAAGAGCUUACCGGUUUGUGCAAGGCAAAGACUGGGGCUUUAAGAAGUUUAUCAGACGUGAUUUUUUACUUGACGAAGCAAAUGGUCUUUUACCAGAUGAUAAACUUACGCUGUUCUGUGAGGUGAGUGUGGUUCAAGAUUCUGUGAACAUAUCAGGGCAGUCCAAUACAAACAAUCUGAAAGUCCCAGAAUGCCGCCUCGCUGAAGACCUGGGUUAUCUGUGGGAAACCACAAGGUUUACAGACUGCAGCUUAUAUGUAGGAGGUCAGGAAUUUAAAGCUCAUAAAUCUAUUCUUGCAGCUCGUUCCCCAGUGUUCAGUGCAAUGUUUGAACAUGAAAUGGAAGAAAGUAAAAAGAAUAGAGUAGACAUUCACGAUAUUGACCCCGAAGUAUUUAAAGAAAUGAUGAGAUUUAUUUAUACCGGAAAAGCCCCUAAUCUUGACAAGAUGGCUGAUAACUUGUUGGCAGCAGCGGAUAAAUAUGCUUUGGAACGACUCAAAGUCCUGUGCGAAGAGGCUUUGUGUAGUAACCUGUCAGUGGAAAAUGUUGCCGAUGUCCUUAUCCUCGCAGAUUUGCACAGCGCAGAGCAGCUGAAAGCACAAGCAAUAGACUUUAUUAACAGAUGUAGUGUUCUCAGGCAACUGGGUUGCAAGGAUGGGAAAAACUGGAACGGCAAUCAAGCAACCGACAUAAUGGAGACAGCUGGCUGGAAAUCCAUGAUCCAAUCACAUCCACACUUAGUAGCAGAGGCCUUCCGAGCACUCGCAUCCGCACAGUGUCCACCUUUUGGAAUUCCAAGAAAGCGGCUAAAACAGUCCUGAAUUGGCCUGUGAACUUUUUUUUUCCCCCACUUACAAAGGACUUUACACUCAGUGUUCAGAACUGUUUUACCACACAAGCUGAAGCAUUUGUUCUUUUUCCUCUUUGGUUUUGCUUGCCCACAGGACUGAAGACAGCAUUUCUACAGUUUCUUUUGCAGAUGGAUAACUUGAUCUAAUCCACAGCUUUAAAUUGGACUGGUUGUUCUCUGAUUCACUGAAUGGCCUUAAAUUAUCUUCAGCUGAUCCGGUCUACAUUUAUCAUGUAUGCCAUUUAAAUGUCUAUUGUUUUAUUUUUUUUAUUUUUUAUUUUUAAAACAAACUGUGCCUUGUCAUUUGACCAGGCUAUGCAGGAUUGCACUAACCCAUAACGCGGUAAUAGUAACGCAAUUAUAUGUUAUGGAAGGAUAAUCUUCUUCUUUUUUUUUUUUUUUUUAAGCUUCAUUUAAUCUUUAUUGUUCUACCCAUAACAGUUGCUUGGCUUCUUCCAUUUUCACAGUAAGGUGAUUUGUUGCUGCGCAGCUGUUGGCUCCCAGUGCAUGCUGGGAAUUGUAGUUCCACACUUGUUAACAGUUUACCUGAGCCUGUGCUAAAUUGAUUUCUUAGGCGAUGCUGUAAGAAGAGAGAGCACUUGAAUACAUUUGCCUAAGAAAGGAAAAGUACAUACAAGUGCUGCUAAUAGGCUGAUGUGACAGUUUUUUUGAGUUGCUAGAAGUGCAAUGAAUACAGUAGGCCCCAAUGGGAAGGCAUAGGGAAGUGAUAAGUGCAUGGUGAUAAACGCACCAGCCGAUCAAAUCCAAUAUGUAAAUUAACAGGAGUUGAUUGGCUGGUGCGUUUAUCACCUUGCACUUAUCACUGGUUUAUCACUUCCUUAUGCUGUCCCCAGGCUUAAUACAUCUCCCCCAGAAUCCCUUCAGCAUUCACAGCAUAAUGUACUGUGCAGAAAUUCUAUAGAAUUCCUGAAAGAAACACAAUAAAGUGUACGCCUGUGUUUCUUUGUUUACAAUCUUCACUUUUACAUUUCUUAUUUGUAUCCCACCUUUCAUUACAACCCAUUAACUGAAAAAAAAAAUUCCCUUGGGCCGAUCAACUUUAGAGAUGCACUUUAAAAUAAAAAAUAAUGUUGAUGAGAAUUUAACUGAUUGAUAAGAAGAUACGUGAAAAUUCUUAUUGUGUGCAAUAUGAUUUUAAACUUGCUGUAUGGGAUUAAAAGAGCAGCCCAUUGCUUAGUCUAGAAAUUGCUUUGAAAUAUUAUAUUUCAGUUACACAUAUGGCACUGCGGAAGGUAUUGAAAUUGUGCAUUAUGUCGGAAUGGUUGAUUUGGUUGUUUGAGUUGUCUUUAGUUGAUGUAAAGUCAUCUAUCAGUUCUUUAAUAGGAUGACCAUGAGUAAUAUGUAGGAUGGCCAUGAAUGAUAGGUUACUACUUAGUUUACUAUAUGUGACAUUUUGCAUUACUGCACCAGUGAGGUUAAUGGUCUGGUUGUCUGGCAGCUGAUUGCAAUUAUAUGGCCUGGCACUCUGUUGUUUCUCCCAUAUUUGUUCAGGGGAGAUGACCUUUAAAUAACGCCUACAGUAUCCGCUGUAUGCAGAUGAGGCAUGCAUUUUAAAGGUUGAACCAAUUCUUAUCAAUUCACCAGGUAACAGUGAUUACACAAAGGGUUAUAUUUACUAAAGUACGUGUUUUUAGAAGUGGAGAUGUUGCAAUCAUAGCAACCAGUCAUAUUGUAGUUACUAUUUUCUGGAAGGUGCUAGAUAAAUAAUAAGUAGAAUCUGAUUGGUUGCUAUGGGCAACAUUUUCCACUUCUUACGCUAGUUACUUAGUAGGUUGGACAUGGGCCCAUUGAGUACAAUUUUGUGUAAAUUCAAUUGGUAGGAGUUGCUAGAGCAGGCUUGGCCAACCUGUGGCUCUCCAGCUGUUGUGAAACUACACAUCCCAGCAUGCACUGCCACGGUUUUAGCAUUUCUUAGUAACAAGUGUAGCAGGGCAUCCUGGGAUUUGUAGUUUCACAACAGCUGGAGAGCCACAGGUUGGCCAGGCCUGUGCCAGAGAGUUCUUAGUGUUGUCACUGGUUCCUAGUUCAUUGCUAGGCUGCAUUGUUACGGAUUUUGUUUUAGCCCAUAAAAUGACUCCAUGGCUCUUUAGCCAACAGAUUUACUUCAGCAAGGGCCCCCACAGUUUCUCCCCAUAUAUUAAAGUACCAUAUCAUUAAGUUACAUGUCAGUUAAAGCGCAGGUUACUACUAUUGGAGUGGUAAGAACUGUCUUCUAAGUUUCCUUCAGUUCAAAUGCCAAAAGGGCAUGUUGUGUCAUAUCCUGUGUACAUGUUAUUGUAGGCGUUGAUGGUAAACUGUGCCCUCUCUUUUACAAAUGUAUUUUGAUAAGUUUAUAAAUUAUUAAAUGGGGUAAUUAUUUGGCUUGUUUGAGCUACUUGUGAGAUGAGCGUUCCCUUUUUAAUGUAAUUCUGUCCACCUAACAGUCAAUUAGCUGAACUUCUUUCCUACCCUGUGUACUUCCACAAUUAGUUUUUUGUAGAAUAGAUUGUACAUUAUCUGCAUUUCCAUUGUGUAAUUAAAGGACAGGUCUGGUUUUGACCAUUUUUUUUCAAAACGCAGCGCAAACCCACGAACCUGCAUAGGCCCACUUCUGUGAACUCCUUUUUCUGUGGAUUUUUCAUUAGUCUGAUUCAAAGGAAGACCAGGUGUCCGAGAUCGCUGGAGCUGCGGGAUGCCAGCUGAUCUCUGACAUUUUUUAAAGGGGAAUUCACAAGGCAAAAUCAUGCUUUGUAAGUGAUUGCCCCGAGAUCGGCCAGCAUCCCGCCCCCCCUGCGAUCUCGGGCGCCAUUACAUCCGGACUCUCAUAUUCCAAAAGGUCUCUAACCACUGUGUGUCUUUACAUUCUUGCAAUUAAAUUUGAUAGUCACAAUGCCAUUAUUACCAUUCUUGAACAUUCAAACUUGAUUUACUUCAGUGAAUGUUGAGUGUAAGCCCAACAGUAUGGGUCAGUUUGGCCAGAUCCGGAUUUCAGGUCAACUUUCUGAGGAUAAUGGAUUUUCUGAGAUAUGUUUGGAGUAGAAAGGGGGGGGGGGGCGGCUCCCUGAAUAGGUACAGCGAGCAGUCUCUAUUUUGGAAGGCUGAAAGUGGAAACAUAUAGUACAUUUCCCUUUAUUUCUUAGACACGUUUUCAGCAGCCUAUACGGAUACAAGUCUUUUUCAACAAAGAACAUUAUUUGUCUUCAUAUUUACUUUUAAUAAUAAUAAUAAUUUUAUUUAUAUAGCGCUUUUUCUCCAAUAGGACUCAAGGCGCUUAACAGAUACAUAGCAUGAUAUAGUACAGAAAAUAAUGAAUUACAGAAUAGCUUUGCAUAAAAUACAGAAGCAUGGAGAUACUAAAGGGACAAUUAUGGGAAUGCUUGAGUAAAAAGGAAAGUUUUGAGUCUACUUUUGAAGGAUUCUAUUGUUGGGGCCUAUCGCACUGUGCGGGGAAGUGAGUUCCAUAGAUUCGGAGCCACAUGGCUAAAAGCUCGACCCCCAGAUGAAUUACGGGAGAUUCUAGGUACUGCUAAAAGUCCUUCAUCUACAGAUCGCAGUAAUCGAGAGGGGCAGUAUGGGGUCAGAAGCUGCUUCAGGUACCUUGGGCCCUGGUCAUGUACUGCUUUGAAACUCAGUAAGCCAAUCUUGAAGAUGAUUCGCCAUCUUACAGGCAGCCAGUGAAGGGAGUAGAGUAUGGGUGUUAUGUGGCUAGAACGGGGCUUGUCGGUUAACAGCCUGGCAGCUGUGUUUUGCACCAGCUGUAAGCGGUGCAAUUCUUUUGCUGGGAGACCAAGGUAGAGGGCAUUACAGUAGUCUAAUCGAGAUGAUACAAAUGCAUGGAUGACUUUUGGCAGAUCAUCUGAGGGAAUUAAGUGCUUGAUUCUGGCUAUGUUCCUCAGGUGAAAGAAUGAGGAUUUGAUUGUGGCUGAUAUCUGAUGUUUAAGUGUCAAACCACCAUCCAGGACAACGCCAAGAUUCCGCACACGAUCAGUGGUUUGUAAUUCUGAAUCCCCGAGUGUAAGUCCAGUUGGUUGGCUAUGCUGCAGUCUUGUCCUUUGAUAUUGCGGUCCUAUCAUAAGGACCUCUGUUUUAUCCGGGUUCAGUCGCAGCCAACUGGCACUCAUCCACUCCUGUAGCUCAGCUAGACAGCCAUUUAGGGUUGCUAUUGGGUUAUCAGUGCCCGGAGCAAAGGACAAGUACAGUUGUGUAUCAUCUGCAUAGCAGUGGUAGACUAGCCCAUGGCGCCUGAUUAUUUCACCCAGCGGGCGCAUGUAUACUGCAAAAAGCAUGGGGGAUAGUAUAGAACCUUGUGGGACACCACAUGGCAAUGGCACUGGUGGUGAGGAGUAUAAUCCAGACGAUACUCUCUGUGACCUGCCUGUGAGAAAUGAUUUGAACCAGCUUAGGACUGUGCCAUCCAGUCCACAAAAAUGUAUCAGUCGCUCAAUCAGAAGCCCAUGGUCCACGGUAUCAAAUGCUGCAGAGAGAUCCAGAAGGAUUAAUACUUUUGGCCAAGAUAAAUUGAUACAGCUCACAUAUAGCACAAAGGACCAGAGCCACUAGUGAGGAUAUAACUGUACUGUACCUUUGGAAAUGGUACAAUGGUUGGCUUUAUGGUAUAAGGAUUGUCUACCCAUAUUGCUUUAUCCUACAAAAUGGCUGCAUACAUUGUGUGUUGCUCUUUAAGAAUUGGCAUUGAUAAAAAAAAAUACUUAAACUUGGCAUCUCUUGGAAUUACCUUUUGUAAAUGGCCACCAUUUUACAUUUUUUCAACAAGCGUUGGUUAGAAGUAAUAUAGGCCCUCAUUCCGAGUUGUUCGCUCGUUCUUUUUCAUCGCAUCGCAGUGAAAAUCCGCUUAGUACGCAUGCGCAAAGUUCGCACUGCGACUGCGCCAAGUAACUUUACUAUGAAGAAAGUAUUUUUACUCACGGCUUUUUCUUCGCUCCGGCGAUCGUAAUGUGAUUGACAGGAAAUGGGUGUUACUGGGCGGAAACACGGCGUUUCAGGGGCGUGUGGCUGAAAACGCUACCGUUUCCGGAAAAAACGCAGGAGUGGCCGGAGAAACGGUGGGAGUGCCUGGGCGAACGCUGGGUGUGUUUGUGACGUCAACCAGGAACGACAAGCACUGAACUGAUCGCACAGGCAGAGUAAGUCUGGAGCUACUCUGAAACUGCUAAGUAGUUAGUAAUCGCAAUAUUGCGAAUACAUCGGUCGCAAUUUUAAGAAGCUAAGAUUCACUCCCAGUAGGCGGCGGCUUAGCGUGUGUAACUCUGCUAAAUUCGCCUUGCGACCGAUCAACUCGGAAUGAGGGCCAUAGUCCUUAACAUUCAUUGUAACAAGUCCCCAGACUUGUGAGAUGUUUGUCUUUUGUCUUUCAUUAUUAAACCUUUAAGUGCGUAUUCCCUUAAAGAUUUAGGAAUAAACUGCACCUUAAAGAUGUAUUAGCUUGCAAGAAAUAUAUAUUUUAAAAACGUUCUUCCUCCUAUGUGAUAUGUUUUCAAUGUAAUUGUAUUUAAAUUAUACUGACAACAUUUCUUAAGUAUCUUAUCAGACCGCUGCUAGCUUAUCAAAGACCUAACCAUAAUAUUCACAAAUAUAUUUUCUAUAUUUGUUUUUAGGCACUUAUUAAAAGUAAAGGUUUGAAUGACGUCAUUGCUUCACCUAGAAGUAUUUUCUGUAAGCCUUUUCGUUGACUAUAUGGCAGUGAUGGGUAACCAAAUUCACUUUAGGGGCCACAUUGUUGGUCCUCCUCCCUAUUUAAAGGUCACACAUUGCCUAAUAAAUGAAUACAAUAAAUUAGCAGCAAGGUGGCUGGCAGGUGCAGGCUCCUAGUGCAUUGUACAUCCCCAGAGUUUCCUGGCUGUUAGCCAUCACUGCUCUAUGGGGGGCAGUUCAAACCUGACGUUACUGGUGGUAAUAAAUGACACAGUGCUAUAUACAUUGACAUGUAUCGUAACUUUGGUUCAGCAUUGGCUUGAAUGUUUUACAGAUAUAUUUGUGAAUAUUACAAGUCUUUUAUGUAUUAGAUCAACUACUGUAGUAUGUCUAGUAACCCUUUAAAUUGCAUGUGCUGACUUGGACUAAUUGAAAGUAGUUUAAUUUUCUAUUAUUUGCUGUGUGCAGUAGUGGCAUUUGGAUGUUUCCCAGUUUGCGACAACCUCCUUUUUAGCUCGUACUCUCAUCCCUUUCCCCAUGUAGAAAUUUGGUGAAAGGUUGGAUUUGAUCCUCCGGUCCUCACAAUGACCCAAUUACUGGUGCAUGACAACAGAUUGCAUACCUAGAUGGGAAAUGUGUUUCUACUGUAUCUAAGGGUGAUUGAAACCUGGUAUAAAGGUGGGUGUGUACUGAAUAAGGAUUUUGACUGGAUAGCCAUGGCUUCUGUGUAGUCGGGCAUCAAAUGUCAGUCCAUAUCUCUAUGAUUUACAUAUAGUAGGAUGCUUCCAGUUCACAUUCCACAUGUCCAGGAUUCAAAAAGUGCAGUCAUUGGUGGCAGGAACUAUAUAGAAGGGGGAAUUGGUAAGUGGUUAUAACUUAGGCGAACCCUUUUAAAGCUGAGGUGAAAGUUUUCAAAAAAUAUUAAUUCUCAUCAAAUGAUGGAGAAAAAAGACAAAACACAUUGUUAGGCCUUGUUUUGUCAAUGUUGCAAGGCGGUCUGCCUUAUGGAGGCUACAUGUAUCUAGGAUCUGAUUCACUUUCAUAUACUAUGUCUUUACCUAUUUGCAUUCUGUGAAAGAUCUCAUAUUGUUGCGUACAUAAUUGUUCCAUUUUCUAUGUGUAAAGCAAGAAAUGUGAGCUAUCACAGCUUAUUCAUUGUUACUUAUUUAUUUAAAGAGCAUUUUUUCAUAUUUACUAAUACUACUCCAGGUUUAACAAUGCUGUCUGGCUUCCUCUGUUAUGUAUGUGCUGGAAAAUGUGAGUGUUAAGUUACGAAUACUAAAAGUUACUUAGGAAAUCUACCAAAUCCGUUCUAUCGAAGGAAGCUGUUAAUGGAUCUAAUUUAUAGUGCAUACAAGGGAUUUUGUUAUGCUGCAUUAACAUUUGCUUCAGACCUUUUUUUUUUUUUUUUUUUUAAUCUUUAUUUUUUUGGGGGGUGAGGGUUGGGGAAGGAUGUUAUUUGGUCCUGACCAAAUUGUGUUGGAAAUACCUUGUUCUAAAGGUAAUUUGAAAACUCCCUCGUAUAGGAUCGCACAGAGCCUGGUGUAAUAAAUGCAUUGAAAAAAAUUAUCUAUUUCAGGUUGCUUUGAAAUACUUGAAAUAUGGUUAAAAAAUUUAUAUUUUCAUCGUCUGUUGUUUUCAACUUUAAAAACACAUUUUGUACCAAAAAUGUCAAACACUGUGCUGUAUGUAUAUGUAUAAUUAUAGAGGUCAGGUGCAUUUACAAGAUGCUUGUGACUUAAAAUAUUAUUGACUUGUAAAAUAACAUUUUAAGUCGUAUGUUGGCUGUUUGAAAAAUGUAAAAUCAUUAUUGUCCUAUGA